AUGGAUGCCUUCAACCAUUUCCACCUCUUCCCUAAGCUGCCGCCGAAGUUACGACUCGCGAUCUGGGAGCUGCAGCGAGAGAGCAAGCAGGGCAUCCGGCACUACUUCCUUGUCAACCAUGUCGGACGAAACCAAGUCGGACGACACCUUCAGAAGCACGAAUGUGUUAAUGCCUGCAUGGAUACCAAUGACGGUCGCUUCGUCGACAAUCAUGCAACCAGCGGAAAGGCAAUCAUUGAGAAACCCGCCUGCACCCAAGCUGGUGGAUUGAACACUCCGAUCGAGCUUCCGGGAAGAGUUGGCAGAGUGUCUUCAUCUGCUGCAGUCGCCAGGGGUUGGAGACGUCGCGACGUUCAGACCUCCAAGUCAUCGCGCCCCGCCUUCGUCGAUGUAAACCUUGGCGACGAUGUCUUUGUCUUCAACAACGCCGAGUCGGGCUGGCUCCAAUUGCUUUGCAAGCCUAUCAGAGCUUACGAACCCUAG